GAUUGGAAGUUUUGUUCCGCGCGCGGGCAGGUGGGCGUUCAUUAGAACAGAGAGCGCCCUGACGAAACGCACUGAGUGAUUAGUCGACUAAUUCCUCCGCGACCGUUUUUCCCUUUAAUAUAAUAUCGAACGUAUUCCCCAUGAGCGUGCCUCCGGUGAUCCGAGCUCCGAGCCCCGUACCCGGCUCGCACGGAGUCUCCUUCCACAUUCAGAUCGGUUUGAGCCGCGAGUCGGUGCUGCUCGACUCCGGAGACUUCAGCCUCGCGCAGGUCCGGGAAAUGGCGUGUUCCAUCGUUGACCAGAAGUUUCCAGAGUGUGGCUUCUAUGGGAUGUAUGACAAGAUCCUACUUUUUCGUCAUGACCCAACUUCUGACAAUAUCCUGCAGCUGGUCAAGUGUGCCGCUGACAUCAUGGAGGGAGAUCUGGUGGAGGUAGUGCUCUCAGCUUCAGCUACAGUAGAGGACUUCCAGAUCAGACCUCACACUUUGUUCGUCCACUCAUACCGGGCUCCUGCCUUCUGUGACCACUGUGGAGAGAUGUUAUGGGGUCUGGUCAGGCAGGGACUGAAGUGUGAAGGUUGUGGGCUGAAUUACCACAAGCGCUGUGCUUUCAAGAUUCCAAACAAUUGCAGUGGUAUUCGAAAACGCCGGCUGUCAAAUGUGUCCCUGACCGGCCUGACCACCACUCGUUCAAUUUCUGCUGAACCUUCCCCCAGCCCCUCUGAUGAAGCUUUACUAUCUCCUCUCAGUCCCAGCAUUGAGCAGAAGGACAUAUUCAGUGGAAGAGGGCGCUCCAACUCACAGUCAUAUAUUGGGCGCCCGAUAGAGCUGGACAAGAUCUUGCUGUCCAAAGUCAAGGUGCCUCACACGUUUGUCAUCCACUCCUACACGCGCCCCACUGUCUGCCAGCAUUGUAAGAAGCUGCUCAAGGGCCUGUUCCGCCAGGGCCUGCAGUGCAAAGAUUGCAAAUUCAACUGCCACAAACGAUGUGCACCUAAAGUGCCUAACAACUGUCUUGGAGAGGUGUCAAGGAAUGGAGACCUGUUGAGUCCUGGAGCUGAGUUGGAUAUGUUAAUGGCAGAAGGCUGUGAUGACCAUGAUAGUGACAGAAACAGUCCCAUCAUAGAUGACAUAGAUGAAUCCCUGGUUGCAGAUUCUUCAGUUCUUUUGGAUGUAGGCCACUGUGAACUUGGAGAUUUCCAUGAUCCAGAUCAUGAUGAGCCUAAUAGAAUUAUCAGUCCAUGCACCAGCAACAACAUCCCUCUAAUGCGAGUGGUCCAAUCAGUAAAGCACAUCAAGAGGAAAAACAGCAAUGUCCUGAAGGAGGGAUGGCUUGUGCACUUCACCAGCAAGGACACAUUGCGUAAGAGGCAUUAUUGGCGAUUGGAUAGCAAGUGCAUUACACUGUUCCAGAAUGAUACAGGGAGCAAAUACUAUAAGGAAAUCCCCUUAUCUGAGGUUCUGUCACUGGAGCCUGCUCAGAACUUCAGCUUGCUUCCCGAAGGUGCCAACCCUCACUGCUUUGAGAUUGCCACCGCCACUCUAGUGUAUUAUGUAGGAGAAAACCUGUCUCAGGAAGACUAUUCUUUGUUCCAUGGCAGUGUACUGAUCAGUGGAACCGGUCAGGAUGUGGCUCACAUGUGGCAAACGGCCAUCCAGCAUGCCCUCAUGCCUGUUAUUUCGAAGGGCACAGCUCACAGCAGCCGACACAACUACCACAAAGACGUCUCCAUCAGCAUUUCUGUGUCCAACUGUCAGAUUCAGGAGAAUGUGGACAUUAGCACAAUUUAUCAAAUAUUCCCUGAUGAAGUUCUUGGAUCUGGGCAAUUUGGCAUUGUUUAUGGUGGAAAGCACAGAAAAACGGGGAGAGAUAUGGCAAUCAAAAUUAUAGACAAACUGCGCUUUCCCACUAAACAAGAGAGUCAGCUGCGCAAUGAGGUUGCCAUCCUGCAGAACCUUCAUCACCCUGGAGUGGUGAACCUGGAGUGCAUGUUUGAGACACCAGAGCGUGUGUUUGUCGUCAUGGAGAAGCUCCAUGGUGACAUGCUUGAGAUGAUACUGUCUAGUGAGAAAGGGAGGCUGCCAGAACGCAUCACUAAGUUUCUAGUAACACAGAUACUUGUAGCGCUACGCCAUCUUCACUUCAAGAACAUUGUACACUGUGACCUUAAACCUGAGAAUGUCUUACUAGCAUCUGCUGACUCUUUUCCACAAGUAAAACUGUGUGAUUUUGGGUUUGCUCGGAUCAUUGGCGAGAAGUCUUUCAGGCGCUCAGUGGUAGGCACGCCAGCCUACCUGGCACCUGAGGUGCUGAGGAACAAGGGCUACAACCGCUCACUUGACAUGUGGAGUGUUGGCGUUAUCAUCUACGUCAGCCUCAGUGGAACAUUCCCAUUCAAUGAGGAUGAGGAUAUUCAUGACCAGAUACAAAAUGCUGCUUUCAUGUACCCACCCAACCCAUGGAAGAAGGUGACUUCUGAAGCAAUUGACCUCAUUAAUAACUUGCUGCAAGUCAAAAUGAGGAAACGCUAUAGUGUGGACAAGUCCCUCAGUCAUCCCUGGCUACAGGACUACCAAAUGUGGCUGGACCUGCGUAAUCUAGAGUGUAAAAUGCAAGAGCGAUACAUCACACAUGAGAGUGAUGAUAUGCGCUGGGAACAUUUUGCAGAGCAAAAUGGCUUGCAGUAUCCUGUUCACCUCAUUAACCCUCAUGCUGAUGUCACUGAGGAGGUGGAGUCUGAAGAGGCUAUAAUGAGCAUGCUCAGCGAUCGAAUCAGUUCACUGUAGUUUGCUGCCUAUCCCUUUAAGACAAAACACAAAUAAAGCCAAAUACACACUUCACAACACCGCAGCACAAGUCCAAAUACAUAUACUCUGAUGCCAUAUUAACACGUUCAUAUUGUACUUGAUUACACUAUAGAAAUACAAAAAAUGUUGCAAAACAUUCAGUUCCUAAAUAGUACAACAAAAUUAUAUUUAAUUCAUAUAGCCAUUCCACUGAAUAUUUUUGAAAAAUCUCAACAUUUUCAUUCACAGUACAGUAAACAAAGCACAAUACAUACAAAUACUUCUUAAACAAAAGCGUCCUUUUUCAGAAUAAAAAAAGAUUUGUAUUUUAAAGUAUUUUAAAUGGCCCUACAAGUAAGGAAAUUGUAAAACUUUGAUAACUUCUGCUGAAUCAACAUUCAAUCUGCAGGUGUAAUUCACAAAAUGACAGAUAAUGGACGUGUAACUAUUAGAAGAAGUGUCAUUGCAGCAUUUGUGGGCUUCUGUGCUUUAUAGAGUGAUUAUGUGUGUGUGUGUGUGUGUGUGUGUGUGUGUGUGUGUGUGUGUGUGUGUGUGUGUGUGUGCAUGCAUGUGUCUGUGUGUACAUGAUUUGUGCAACAAGUCAACCAGCUUGAAAAGUAACACUGCCACUUUUGUCCUCUUUUGCUUUCUUCUGUGACAAGUUUAAUAAAAACCAAAAAACAUCAUAGUUUAAACUGUU